UCAGUGACGUUUGGAUUUGCUGCAUUCUGAUUGGCCCGUUUCAAUAGUCGCGGGCUACUUGAACUGAGACAGCCACAAUAUCAAGUCAGGCAGCAGCAAUAAAUAAAAUAAAAAAAAGCAACAAGGCGCCGUUCGACUUCAUAGUAACCUCUUUUGUGAGCUCUCCGUGCCGUGUUGAGGGUUUUCCACACCGCCAUGGCGCGAUUUCUGUAGGAUAGUAUUGUUGCAUGAUUUAUUUUUGAAUCUCGGUUUUGUAAAACGCCGCUGGCGACUGUUUAUAUCGUGUUUUUGUCCGGAUUUCAACAGCUCGUUUCUACCAGUUUCCCUGGGCGACUGGAGGUGAUCUGCUGCUGUAAGGAUGUCAUCUGUCGGUCAAACACAAGGAAGCGCGGUUCAAGAUUCGGGAGCAGAUAUUCACAACCAAGAAAACAUGCUUUCACGGCUACGCGGCGCAGCAAAGAACCGAAUUGAAAACCGGGAAAAUGUCAACCCUAAACCAGGCAACAGGACUGUUCUGGGCGCCCUGGAGAACAAUCAGCGACGGCAGCCCGUUCUGCGCGGCGCUAAACAGGUCUCUGGGCCCCAAAUAAUUGCAUGCAAAUCUGAAGAACAUGGCGGUUUUGGAGAGAAGCCCUCCACAAGGCCACCUGCUUUUCAGAUCCAUGUGGAUGAGCCUGAUGGUGCAUGCUCUAAGAAACCAUCUACCAAAAGAGCAACCAUGGAUUGCUCUCCUCUAACACUAAAUCCCACCGUGACCCGCCUAAGGCAGCCCCUCGCCACUAUCGAUCUGCCCGUGGAAGCCAGUUUUGAUUCUCCUAUGGAUAUGUCGAUAAUUGAGAGUGAGGAGAGGUUCACAAAUGUAAAUGAGGUCUCAGAUUAUGCGGCAGAAAUACACGCACACUUGCGGGAAAUGGAGGUCAAGUCAAAACCAAAAGCAAGUUACAUGAAGAAACAGCCCGACAUCACAAACAGCAUGCGAGCCAUUCUGGUGGACUGGUUGGUGGAGGUGGGAGAAGAGUACAAGCUCCAGAAUGAGACCCUCUACCUGGCUGUGAACUACAUCGAUCGCUUUUUGUCUUCCAUGUCUGUCCUGAGAGGAAAACUACAGCUGGUGGGCACAGCUGCUAUGCUUUUGGCUUCGAAAUUUGAGGAGAUCUACCCCCCGGAGGUGGCAGAAUUUGUUUACAUCACUGAUGACACCUACACAAAAAAACAAGUGUUGAGAAUGGAGCAUCUGGUGCUGACGGUUCUGUCGUUUGAUCUUGCUACUCCUACAAUCAAUCAAUUCCUCACCCAGUAUUUCUUGCACCAGCCUGUGAGCGGCAAAGUGGAGAGCUUAUCAAUGUGUUUGGUUGAGGUGGGGGGAGAUAAACUGGUGUCUUAUAGUCUGCAUAUGGUUCUGUGA